GGGAGCACACACCACCAGUCCCCAGCACCUUCCUGCCGCGGGUGGACGGUUGCCGCUCCCCUCGCACACCGCACGCUGGCUGGGUUAUACGCUCUCGCUCGCUCGCUCGCACAUCCGACACGCACUUUUGUAUUUACUACGUUUUUUUGUUAUUUUUCUAAAAAACAAGAAAAGCAAGGAUACAAACGAAUGCUCAAGCGUCUCGUCGCGUGAAACAUUUUUUGGGGUACGUGUGAGAAAAUUCAUUCAAACGACACAGAGAGAGAGAGAGAGGAAAGAAAUAAAGUUUCCAAAACAAACUUGUGAUAUAUACGAUGCAGUGUAACAUUGAUGGAGUUGUAUCAAUGACAAGGUGAACUUAUAAGAGUCUGACUUGUGGGGGUUUGCCUGUACCUGCAGUGACCUGUGUGUGUACGUACAUUAUACCCAGUCCAGUGUCACGAGAGAGUCUUUUGGAUAUACUCCAGGAAAGAUCAUUUUGUCCUCGGUUCCAGUAAAGGAUGCGGCAGAGCUAGGAUGAGGACAAGCGACGUCAUGAACCAGACGACGGCGGCCACGGCGGGCGUGGGCUCGAGUCUUCUCGCCCUGGGGGGAGCCAUGACGGCGGCCGGGGCGAAGGGCUCAGCGAUGGCAGGCGUGUCCCCGGGACUCACUUUUGACCUCGCAGCGUAUACGCAGAUGCUGCAGCAAGUAGCGGCCAAGAUGUAUCCGUAUGACCCGGCGUCCCUAGCAGCCUCGCUCGCGGCCCUGAGCCCUGCCUCUCACCUGCCCCUGGCGCUCACCGCCCCCCACGCCCUGUCCCUGACCGCCAAGGUCAACUCGAGCGACAGCAAGAGCGACCUCAAAUCGGCCGCCACCUCCCCCGGCAGCGGCGGCCUCAAGCUGGCGUGGCAGACGGGCCUUUCCACGGAGACCAAGAAGGUGAAAGACGAGGACGGCGAGGCAGCUCUGGACCUCAGGACUCAGGGGCUCAAGUCCCUCUACUCGUCGUACCGCAGGGCCACGCUGGACGACAUCAAGCCCAAGGUCGUGGAGGACAUCUGGAUCGAGAACGACACCCGCCUGUCGUGGACGGACUCCCGCAUCGUGGCCUACAACCCGGCGCAGAAGCUGUUCAUGUGCGUGGACUGCGAGUGCGUGGGGUUCCUCUCCCGCGUGGCCGAGCACUGGCUGGGAGCUCAUGCCAACCUGAGGGUGUUCACGUGCCCCAGGUGCCCCUACACGUCGGCGUGGUCCCGCUGCGUGAAAAUGCAUCUCACGAGGCAACAUAACGAGCAGUUCGCGGACACGAACAUGUGGAAGGAGAACUCGACGCUGAUGGAGGUGACGAGACUCAUGCAGGAGCUCCGCAACAAGGUGGAGAACAGGAUUGACUCGAGCAACACUCUGGCUGACAAGCGGUUCUACUGCCCGCACUGCCCCUACGCGACCGACCGCCGAGACCUGUACACGCGCCACGAGAACAUCCACAAGGACGACAAGCCCUUCCACUGCUACCUCUGCUUCAAGCAAUUCAACCGGGCGGAUCACGUCAAGAAACACUUCGUCCGGAUGCAUCCUGAGACGGAUUAUGACAUCGCCAAGAUCCGAAAGCAGCCGGGCAGCGGGCGCGGAAAUACCCGCUCGCCGCCCUCCCCCCUGCCCCCGCCCAUUCCCCUGGAAGUGACACCCCCUCGGGCAGUGACACCAGUACCACCGACACCCGUCGUGGCACCUCCUGUGCCGUCCCCGCCGGUUGCCACCCCUGCCGUAGCCGUGGCAGACAUGGCACCUCUCAGUGCCCCUUCUACCCCGGGGGAGUGCAGCCCAGCCUCCCCGGGCGCCGUCAUCAACAUGGGCGUCGGCCUAAGCAUGCUGGCUGGCGCCGAGAGCCCCGAGCUCGGCCGAGGAAGGCGGCGAGGCGACCGUGCCUACACGUGCCCCUACUGCCACUGGUCCGGGAGCGACAACUGGUGUCUGAAGCGCCACAUGAACACCCACAUCAAGCCCUUUGCCUGCGUCAUGUGCGACUACAAGGCCGCCAGAGCCGAACGUCUGUCCACCCACGUGUGGAAGGUCCACAACAAGCGCAUCUGCAACAAAUGCAACUUCCUCGCUGAAACACAAGAGCGUCUGCUGGAGCAUACCAGGGAAGAACACCACAACAACCCAUACUCCCGCCGGUACAUCUGCUCCUCAUGCGGCCUCACCUUCGACACCCGCCCCGCCCUCGAGACUCACCAGCACCUCAGCCACCCGCGCCUCUCCCGCUCCUCCUCGGUCGUUCCUCCGCCUUCGGGAGAGGAGCAGGACGCGGCCCAUGACCUGUCGGUGCGGAGUGAGGACAGCCCCGCCCUGUCGCCCGUGUCCACCCCGCUGGUGUGCCCCGUCGAUGGAUGCAACCAGACGUUCGGCAGCAGCGGCGCCCUCGCGGAGCACAUGCGGACCGAUCACGGCGGGUCCGGCGCCUCCUGCUGCCCGCACUGUGGCUAUCAGCUGACUCACGACGAACUCUCCCGGGACCACUGGCUGACCCAUCACAGUGAGGUGUGCGCUGCAUGCGUGCACGUCUUCACUGCCGUGUAUGGACCACAACUCUGGAAGAAAGUGCAUGUCCGGCCCACUUCACUGGAGAGCCCCCUCGACGCCAUCGUCACUGGCCUUAGCCGAAAGCGCACCGCCAAUGACGCUUUCCCCACCGCCCCCUCGGCUCUGGCUCCCGUGGCUCCGGUCGUGCCAGUCUGCGUGCCGCAGCGCGAGUCUCCGUCUCCAGACUCCGACAUCCAGGACGCAGACAGUGAGCGCUUCAACAAGCGUUCGAGGAAGCAAAGUUGUCCGAAGAAGGUGAUUACCACCGUAGCCGAGUCGGGGUCCGGCGGAGCAUCGUCAGGAACAGCAGCACGCAGGCGUGGAAGCACCAAGGUCCGACGCAAGGCAACGGCAAGCCGUCCAGGGUUCCAGGGGCGCCAGUGCUACAGGUGUCCCCACCGUCCCGUCUUCACGUCGCGCACGAGGCUGCAGAUGCACAUGCAGUGGAGCCACGGACGCCGUGCAGGGGGCCGCCGCGCUCGCCUGAACAGGGACCAGCCUGCUCUCGCUCCCAAAGCAGACCAUUAGUGGGACAAAUCACCAAUAUCUCAUCGCAACGGGUAACCAACAACGUGUAUUUAAUGGUGUCAGCACAGAUUUGCCGACAUGAUUUGUCUGCCUAUGAUAUAGGCUUUUAAUAUUAUGUAUAAAUUAAACUGCUCAUUAUCUGCUGAUGAUUGCGCAGAGAAACCCGAGUCUGCUGUUGUAUGAAUAACUUGUGUCUUGCCUUUUGUAGGCCACAGAGAUCUAAAUUAUCUGUUCUGCUAACGUUCAGAACUGAUGCAGCGACUCAAGUAGAUAUAAGUCCCUUGUAAUUCCUUACCAAAACAAAUGGUUGUCUUUAAUCAUACCUAUUAUCCUUCCAUUUACAAUUCCAUGAUCUUAUCCCAAUAAACAUUUCCAUUAAGCAUGCCCCUGAAACAGUGGUUUGGAGUUUUUGAGUACAAUUUUCUUGCAAGUGUUUUUAUUUCUCUAAAGAUAAUGUUAGCAGGACGCCAAUGCAGACAGUGUUAUGCUGCGUUUUUAAGGCUCUGGAAUGAAAUAAAUAAGGAAAAGGAGCCAAGUCCACUUUGUGUAAUUUAUUCACUUUCAACUAAAGUGUUAGACUUGCUAAGAUUUUUUUUUUUUUUUUUUGUACAGUAUGUGAUCUGAUUAAAACGUUUCAGAAAUGAUACAUGAGCAUCUCACCAGGUAUUAUUUAUAAGCUUUGGUUGUGAGGCAGUAAUAAAGUUGCCUUGGUUGUGAGAUAUGAUUUUUUUUUUUAAAGAAGAGGAUUUAUAACCUGAGCUGAGUGUAUGGGAUGUAUUUAGUGGUUGUUAAUGUGGGUUGUGAGAAGUAUAUGUGAAACUCCCAGUUGUCAAGAAAGCGUCUCCCGUUGAAGCUCUGAGGCCCCUGCAGUUAUUAACAUAGCUUUCCAUAGUCUAAAUACACUUAACGAGUAGCAGAGGAGAAUUUUAUGAUACCUAGAACUUAAGAAUAGUUGUUUCCUAUUUAUAUAAUCAGAUUAUGCUCGAUUUUCCAGACACGAAUUAAAACAAGGCUCAAUUUAGAUAGUAUUUUGAUGGUGUCAGAAUGGGGUAAAACUAAUUUUCCUUUCUUGGUUUUCUAUUUCUUAUUAAGUUUUGAAAGUAAUUAUAAACACAGCUGCAUGCACGGGACCCUCACAAAAAGGAGCUUGGGAGGGAGACACAGGGGACACACUUUUAAUUAAUCAAUGGACUUCAAACUAAUGAGUCAUGUUUGGAAGUUCAUAUCAAACCAAAGAUUUUGUUGAUUUAUUCUAGGACUGUGACUCUGUUGUGCUUUGUUGUUAUGUUGCAACCUAAAUAGAUUUUUCUGUGAUUAUUGUUAUAAAUGGAAUGUCUACUGAUUUCACUGUUGAACGUGGGUCAGGCCCAUCUAUGGUCAGGUUCUGGGCUGUAGUUCUUUUUUUAAGUCUGCUCUAUGUAACCUUUCUCAUGGGUCAGACCUAGCUUUUGGUUGGGCUGGAUCUCCCUGGCUCUCCCUGGCCUAACCUCUGUGCUAGUUUUAGGCUACUGUGUGUACCCAGUUUUAACAUGGUCUAGGCCAGGUUAUACAGUCUGGUCUCACUCUGGUCAGACCCGCUGUCUUUGGGCCUAAAAAAAAUGCUAUGAUUAGGUAAGGCAAUGACCAUUUCAGGUGACAAGGAGAGGCUCCGAUGUUGUCCCCUUUGGUCAUUGUCAGUCACGCGCUGAAUAUAGUUAUGGUCAAGCUUGUACACGGCCUUUGUCUACUCUAAGUACUUAAGAUUCAUGCUAAUCCAUUUCUUGGAGCCAUUGGCCAAGAAAUUUGUGAUUCACAUUAGUUAAUUUUGAUGAAAAAAAAACAAAACAGUUGUAGACUUGGCCUUCUAGUCAAACUGUUGCCAAAGUAAUAAAAAGUAUAUAUAAAACCAUUACCAUGUGGUGUAUAUGCCCAGAAACCAUAUAUCUGAUUGACCUAAUAUUUCUGGUGCUAAAGCAAGCAAAAUUGACCAUUACAAUAAUUAAUCUCAUUGAACAUGUUACUAAAACUGCAUGGGCCCAUUAUGGAUACAAAACAUUUGGAUGCCAUUUCAUUUUCUUUGACAUAAAUUUAAAUGUAGUCCUACCCUUAUAUCUGAUGAAAUCCUAAAUCAAAAUAUUAGUCAGAACAGCAUAUCGGGUUUCAGAUCACUCAGUGAGAAACAAAUAUGUGCUCAAACCAACAGGUAUCGUGCCUAUAAAGCCAUUUUGUUAUCAGCCUUGUACAUAAUGUUUUGUGGAAUAAUCCUUCUCUCUCAACACAGCUCAGGAUGGUAGUUGUGAAUGACUUUUUUGAUUACCUAAGCAAUGUGAGGUUUGACAGAGGAUGAUGCCACCAAUUAUUUCUUACCCCUUUUUUUCUGUCUAGAUUCCCAUAGGAUGUACUUUACAGUUGCUGGGAAUAAAAGUAAUAAUUAAGCUAAUGUUGCACAGGAAGGCAUCCUCCUCUGUGUUGCAAUGGGUGUGGACCCCUUGCAAGUCUUUACAUUGCAAUGUACAUCUCAGUGAUGGAGAAUGGUACCUGGAGUCACCUUGUAGCCUACGUAGUGAGAAAAAAAAGAGGCAGUUCACCAGAGGGCAAUCACUUCAACUCAACAAAGUCAUGAUCUGCAUUAUUGAGACCUAGAUUUAGUUCACAGUAGCUAAUCAACAUAUGUAAAGUACCUGCUAGUUUCAUCAUAGUAAAAUCCCAAUAUAAACUACUCUCUGCCAGGCUUCUCUGGGACGAGACAUUAACAGCUAGAAAACACUGAUCUCUGUAUGAAGCAUUGCCCCUUAUGUGACUAUGCCAUAGGUAGUGAGAUAUUAAGGUAACUUACACAACUUAUGCUCACUUACACACAGGAUGCAACAUCGAAAGUCUCAAUCAAUAAUCCUGUUCUGAAAUAAGUUGUCUCUUAUUAUAAGUAAUCCUGUAUUAUAAUGUCAUGAUCCCCCUUCCAUUAUUUAUAGCCAAUACAGAACUAAUUAAGCAAGGAGUAGUGUGACCAAGUGAUCCUAAUCCUUGUACUCAGAGAGAGAUGCAACUAGGAAUUUCAUGUGUUCAGAAUAUUCUCGACUUACCUGGGUGGUUCUCUUCACCUGUACCAGGGUAUGGCUGACCAGAAUUCCUUGUGAGUUCCUCAGGUUCUGCGGAAUUUUACAUUUUUUCAUGUUAAAAAAAGAAGCUUCAUCUGGUAGAACAAUACAACUUCCUAGAGCUUUUUAAAACUGACAGAAAAAAAAAGUUAGAAAAAAAAAAAUCUAAUGGAGUCAAAUGAAAUUAAUGUUCUUUCGUGCAAAAGAUUUGUAAUUGUUGGAGAAAACAAACAAUAAAUUUAAUAUUUAAGUUAAACUAGAUGAAGUUUAAAAGUGCAUUUCCUAGUAACCUGUUUCUGUCUUAACAAUGUUUACACCAACCAUUCCCUUAAUGCCUUGAAUUACCUCUUAUUAUUACGUAAUUUUCAUACCAAUAAAGGAAAUUAUGAUACAAA